AUAAUAAAAUAAAUAAAACAAACAAUACGCAAAUAUGUCAGCUGACGUUAGCUUGUGACUUUUGCGUCAGAGCAUUGUGCGAUUAGAAAAUCAGUCGUCGUUGAUAGUGUGUUGAAUUGGUCUUUCCAUAUAAAUUUAAUUCCGAGGUAUCGGGUUUGAUUGUUCUGUGAUAAAUCGGAAGUUUGGCAAAACAUUUUUCAAGAUUUGAAUUUUCGAAACUCCAAGAUGAGGAUUCAGUUUUUGUUUUCUGUAGUAUUACUUUUCGUCGCAGGUUUAACUGCGGGUGACAGUACUACUCUUGCACCUACUACUACUGAUACUACUCAAGAAAUUGUUACCACAGUGCCAACAGCUAAAACGAAAGACACCACUACACCAGAGCCAAUAACCAAACUACCAAUUACUACUACUACUACUACUACUGAACUGCCAACUACUACUACUACUGUUGCUCCUACUACAACUUCUCCUCCUACCACUACAACUACGGAAGCUCCACAUACUACAACUGCUGAGCCUACUACAACUACUGAUGUGCCUAUUACAACUUCUAAUGUUCCAAGCACAACAAAGUCUCCUGAACCAUCUGCGCAAGAAGGCUCUUGGAAUGUGACCGAGGGCAAUACGACUUGCAUCAGAGCAGAUUUGAAAAUUCGUUUUAAAAUUCCUCUAGCUAGUGAUUAUUCGUAUAUUGUCUUAUCCCCUAAUGCAUCUUCAGCGCAAAGUGAUUGCAACUUCUCUAAUGUUAGUCAAACAUUAGUUCUGUCUGAGCCAAGUUAUACAUUCACAAUGAUUUUCAGGAAUGAUUCAAAAAAUAUAUAUGUGGAAAAUAUAACACUGGAGUAUACUGUACCAGAAACAGGUUUUGUAUACAAUGACUCAAAGUUAUUUUCUGUAAAAGCGGGUAAUUCCUAUUUGUGCUCAAGUACUGAAGAUGUGCCUCUUAUGAAUGUAACGAUGGAGGUUUAUCACAUUCAUAUUCAAGCAUUUGGAAUACAAAAAAAUGGUGAAUUUAGUACAGCUGAGGAAUGUGAUUCUGAUUAUAAAGUGAGUGAUGUUGUCCCAAUUGCUGUGGGCUGUGCCUUGGCUGCACUUAUAGUUGUUGUGUUAAUUGCUUAUCUUGUUGGACGUCGCCGAAGUCGUCAGAAGGGUUACCAAUCUGUUUAAGAAGUAGAAAUAUUGUUUCAAUUUUUGGAUUUGUAAACAAUGAUAAUCUUUUGUGAAUAUAUAAUUUGCCAUUCCUAGCCUCUGAUUUGAGAACCAUAGUGCCAGUGCUAUGCUCACUUUGACAUUAUUGGGACAGGUUACAUAGUGUUAUAUUUUUUGAAGUAUAAAAUAUAACAUAUAAAAUAGUUUUGGGGCCAGCAAAUGCUUUAAAUCUGAUGGUACUUCUCAAUGAUGUGUUACUUUAUCAGCUGAUGUUAUGCUUAUAAUCUUUAAAAUCACAACAUAUAGACUGAUUUUAACAAAUUAUUUUUAUUAUUAAAUAUUUUCUUUGCACUGAUGUUCUAUAUCUGUUUCGUUUUUCAUUUCAAGGUCAUCUUUGUGUUUUAGGAAAAGUGAGAUUAAAAAUGGUUGCUUGCCUCUAAAACAUGUAAAUAAGUGAUAACCUGUUGUGGAUAUCUUUUGAAGUUUAAAUUUUUGUACCUUUUAUUCAUCCAACUGAGGAUGUGUUUGUUUUAAUAAAGGUCUUACCAUUUAUAUAUUUUGCUUUUUAUAUUAUUAUGCAGAUUUCUGUACAUAAACAAGCACAUUAGAGGAUUAUUAUUAUAAGAAUGAAUAUUUUCAUCAUUUAAAACAUUUUUAUAAUAGGAAGUAUAUGAGCAAUGGUUAUGAAAAUAAAGGAGAGCUAAGGACAGAAUGUUGUAUUGCAUUAUCUAUUGCAGUUUCUAGAUAUUUAUUACAUGAUUAUAACAGAUGUGUUUGUAUUACAUUUAAAAAUCUUUAGAAAUCUUUACAUGAAACUGACAUCUGUUGAGAAAUGGUUAAAAUGUGUAUACACAAAGCCCAAACUUGGGCAGAAAUGCCUAAGAAGUGUUCAGACCAUACGCUGUAGUCUUCUUUCUGCUUUGUUUCUGCAGGUGGCUCUUAGUUGAUACAAAGCUCUUAAUAGGAUAUGAAGUCUGUUUGAAUAGAGCACUUUACUUAAAGAGUCCUCUGCAAGUGAAAUAGCAUUAUCAGAUAGCAGUUAUGUAUUAUCCUCCUGGCCACUGCAAGUUUGUGAAUAGAUAAAUAAUUUUACAACAGUUUACCUUGUGGUACAUUUUACUAAUGAAAGUCAAAUAGAAUUGCCCAUUGUUAUAGUGCAUUACCAUAUUUUAGUACAAACGGGAAAAAAAUCAGAAUUGUAAUAUAAGACGUCCUUUUAAAAUUAUAUAUAUUACCCAAUUAAAUAUUUUAUUAUUUUUGCAUUAAAAGUUGGUGACAAUUCAUGAUUGGCAAGAACAGGAAAAAAUAUUUAAUGAUGCAAGUAGCCUUUUUGGGGGGGUUGCAUUUUGGAAAUUGUGCUUUCAGCAUGCCUGAGUUUUGUAUUCAUAUGUGUGACUGUGUUUAUUAUAAACAUGAAUGUACAUAUAAAAAUUUCUUGAAUGUUGAAAGGAAGAUUUUCUACUCAAAAACUUCAGUUAAAUCAAAUAAAUCAAUAUGGCGAAAGAAUAUGUAGGAAUUUUUGUUAUAAAAAAUUUUUGUUAAGAUUUGAAAUAAACAUAAAUUUAGAUUUGUUAAGAUUUAAAAAUUCUGCGGAAAAACCUUCAUUUCAUGAAAGUUGUUUUGGAAAGAAAUCUGUUGGUAUAAAAUCUCUUAAAAAAUUACUGGAAUGUAUAUGGAAGGGUUGGAUAUUCCGCACACAAAAAAUUACCGUCAAAAGAACAUUUUGUCAUUGUAAAAUAGAUUAAUAUCCCUCCAAAUGUUAGCGGUAGCAGUAAACAUGAAUGAAAGUUAUUCUUUAAGUUCUUAACUUAAUCUAUUGGUACGUAAUAUAAUUGUCUUUGUGAUUAUUUUGCAAAGUUUUUUUUAUAUAGAUACUCCAAAAGCCCUCCCAGCAGCCUAAUAAUAUCGUUGAACUGUACUGAUAAUUUUAAGCAGGUUUAAAUCCCGGUGAAUGGACUGGUUGCAUGGCAGCUUUCGUGGAUUCUUCCUACCUAUGCUUAAUGUGAACAUGAGCCAAUUUCAUUUAAAAAGUCCUUCAUGAAGAUGUGCCUUGACUACGAGUCCUCAUUUGGGGUUUGGUUUGUUAGAUUAUGGCAAAGCAUACGAAGCCUAAGGGGAAGUAUGCUUUCAUGUAAAAUAUUUUAAGGAAAACUGUCUUGUACUCAUGUUACAUAAAGUUAAAACCACAAAAAUGCUUAUGCGGCGAGUCCAUUCGCAGGAGUUUGAAUACAGGUCAAACUACCAAUGUAUUAAAAGAUAUUCCUCGUGUACUUUGCCAUAAGCUAAAACAAUAUUGCAACAGUCAAUUUAUGCUACUGAAAUAGAAAUGAAUUUUUAUCAUACCAGGCUGCCAUUUUUCGUCUAGUAUGAGAUUUCGAUCAUUUCUAUUAUCAGACUGCUGACUAGUCGCUGAAUACUGGUAGUUUAGUCUGCGCUUUGAACCUCACCAAAGGGCCUGGCUGUGUAGUUGCACCCAUGGUUUCUUCAUAUGUAAUGUAUGUAUAAGCCAGUUUCCCUUAGGAAAUCCUCCAUGAAGAUAGCCUUCCCCUUAGAUAAAUAACACUCAAUUGCUUAGCCAUAACCAAACCAUUAUCAUGUAACAUGCUUCAAAUAUUUUUCUGUUGAGAAAUGUGUGCACCAAAGUUGGGCCGUGUUUAAUGAAAUGUGUUGUUUAUUUUUUAUAACAAUAUCCUUGUUUUUGGAAUCUGAAUCCUUAAUAAAGUAUUUUUAAUGACGUG